AUGGCAGUUGGAUCCUUCAUCUUCGCUGCAAACCGUACAUGUCAGCUGCUUGUAUUUGCGAGGCGGUUGCAAAGGUUUUGUGUACCGCGCCCCUUUUCCUUCUUUCGACACGGACGUUGCACACUCCCAAAUGGUUUUUGUCGACUACUCGUACUACUAGCAAAAGGUGUGGUCAUCCAUAUAGCUAUGGGUCCUGCUGGUGAUCAUGAAAGAGUGGCCAUCAUGGCCAAGAAGAAGAAACUACCCACAUCUUUCCCACCACACACAGCAAUGCUGGAGAAAGACCUUGCUGCUGCUGGGCCUGAUGGGCCCGUCACUUACAGCACCGCUGUCCUGCUCAUGCAUGCGCUGCUGGCGGAGAUGAUAUCUGGUGUCUACAUUCCGCCUGUCCGCUUGUCCGUGUUGAGCACCUUGAUGGUGCCAGGCAUGCAGACCUGCAAGCAGCAAGACUGCUUCCAGAAGGACUGCCGCGGCAACAACCUGGUCGAGGUGUUUCCUGUAGCAAGGGCGGGGGCAGGGGCGGAUGGCAGCCAUGGCGCUAGCAGCAGCAGCAGGAGCAGCAGCAGCAGGGGCCGUCGUCUUGUGAUGGAGACCAUCCAUCACAAGACGGAGCGCUUUAAGAAGGAUGAGGCCCUGAGAAUUGUGCUCCCUUCAACGCUCUCCCAGCACAUCCGGACUUACACAGAGUAUGCCCGGCCAGCGCUCCUCAACAUGAAUCCCAGCAUUGACGAUGCCAGCAAGGAGCCUCCCUUCCUGUUCCUUGACAGGAAGGGCAGGCCGGUUGCAGGUGUCGACGCCCCAUUCACGGACGAAUGGAAGCUUAUUCAAAGGAAGUAUGGUGCACCCUGGCCGACAGUAUUCUGCCCCAUGAAAUUUAGGCACCUCCAUGCCACUGUGAGGUUCAAAGACCUGGUGGACAAUGUGGCAGACCAGGAGGAGGAAGCCCUCGCAGGGGAUGCACUCGUCAUGGGAAAUUCUGUUGCUGUCUGGCGCCGCCACUACAUAAAGGGUCGUGACAGCAUCGUGGCACAGAAGGCUGUUGGGCACCUCGGGCGCUGGCGGGCCAUGGAGAGGCAGAAACAACACGGUGGCGGUGGUGCUGCUGACACUGGAGGGGCAGCGGCAGGCAGGCAGCAGGGUCAAUGGAUGCAGCACCAGCACCAGCAGGACCGCGACAACCAGGUUGUGGAUGAGGAUAUGGGUAAGGCUGAGGAGGCUGACGAGGAGGCUGAGGAGGCUGAGGAAGCGGAGGAGGCGGAGGAGGCGGAGGAGGAGGCGGAGGAGGCUAAGGAGGAGGCGGAGGAGGCGGAGGAGGAGGCGGAGGAGGCUGAGGAGGCUGAGGAGGCUGAGGAAGCGGAGGAGGCUGAGGAGGCUGAGGAGGCUGAGGAUGCUGAGGAUGCUGAGGAGGCUGAGGAGGCUGAGGAGGAGGCGGAGGCGGCUGAGGCGGCUGAGGAGGCUGAGGAGGCUGAGGAGGCUGAGGAAGCGGAGGAGGCUGAGGAGGCGGAGGAAGCGGAGGAGGCUGAGGAGGCGGAGGAGGCGGAGGAGGCGGAGGAGGCAGAGGAGGCGGAGGAGGCGGCGGAGGAGGACAACGAUGACAAGGAGGAAGUGCAGCUGCCACUGCAGCAGCAGCACAGGCAGCCAGCCAACAACAGCUGCAGCAGUGGCCAUGGCAACAUCAACGGCAGGCAAUUGAUGUGCCCACCCUUGCUGCUGCCACGACAACUGCCAGUGCAGCAGCCACCACAGCUGUUGAGGCUUGGCAAGCGCUGCCACAGUUGCAACGAAACUCCAGGCAAGCGACCACACCUCGGGUCAGGGGGAAUUCAAGCAUCAUUGUCCAAGAAACAGAAGUGCAGCAUGGGCCAGCACCUACUACGGACCUGCGGGGGUGAUGAUCAUGGUGACCCCAGCAGCAACGAGGAGGAGACAGGGCUUGUGCUGAUUGUGCGGUUGGGGCAUCACUCCAAGCGGUAG